CUCUUCUACUCAAUUGUCGUCUUCAUCUCAAUCCAUGUCUGACACUUCAUCCUCCGUUUCCUCCUCUUGCUGCAACUCCUCGAGCCCCUUCUACUCCGCCUCCCUGUUCUCAGCUGCGAACUUUUCCGGCCUGGACCUCUUGUUCAACAUGAAGCACCUCUUCAUCCCUCUCUACUCUGCUGUAGUCCUGAUCGCCUUUUUCGGCAACCUCGUUCUGCUGCUUCUCAUGUGGCACAACAAGAAAAGACACAACACCACAAACUUCCUCAUCAGCAACCUGGCGCUCGUCGACCUGGUCAUGUGCGUCUUCUGUGUCCCUCUGACAGCGUCCUAUGCCUUUGACAAGCGUGGCUGGGUGUUUGGACCCCACAUGUGUCAUUUUGUGACUGUCAUGCAGUCUGCAGCUGUCUACGCAGCGGUCCUGUCCCUCAUGGCCAUUGCAGUCGAUCGUUACAUUGUUGUGGCUUAUCCCAUUCGCAAAAGAGCAGGUUGCCUGUUCUGCUGGGGUCUGGUCGCUCUAAUCUGGCUGUCCUCUCUGGCUCUAUCUACACCUACAGCGAUGCACACCGUCUACUUGGACCUGCGGGCGGCAGGCCUGCAGAUGGCCGUGUGUGAGGAGUUCUGGCAUGGCCAGGAGAGAGGUCGCCUCCUCUACUCCUGUUUCAGUCUCUUCUUCUCCUACUUUGUCCCACUCGCUGCUGUCUCCAUUUCCUACUGUGCUAUAUCCUAUCGGCUGAAGCAGAGGACCACAUCUGGCUUGACGGCGUGCCCAGAGCUGAGCUCUGCACGGGCGGCCUGGAGCAAACGGAGGAGGAAGACCUUCUGCCUGUUGCUGGUGUCCGUCCUCUGUUUUGCCUUUUCAUGGCUCCCGUUACAGGUGGUGAAUCUGAUCCGUGACCUGGACACAGACUUCUCUAUUUUGGGGAAGAAUUACGUGAAUGUCAUCCAGGUGUCGAGUCACCUGUUUGCAAUGAGCUCCGCCUGCUACAACCCUUUUAUUUACGCCUCAUUACACAACAGGUUCCUGUCAUAUCUGUGUCGUCACUUCCUGUUCUGGAGGAGAGGAUAUGGAAAGGACUGGUGUCAAGGGUCAAGCAUCCUGAAAAUGUCUAAAGUGACACGCCUUCACACCUCCACCAUUGUGGCAGAAUUACCUGGUGCUGUUGCGAAUAACAUUGUUCCUCAAGACAACUACGCUUGAGUUCUUGUUUCAGAUUAAGAGGCACAUGAAUUUUACCCAUUGGUGUUAUGACCAGCUCAGUUGGAUGCAAAUGUAUCUAUGUAUCUUCUAUUUUCAUGCAACAGCCAACCGUUGGUGAUGGCCAUAAAUAAACAAUGGGUCUUGGUGUAAAAGGUUAAGUUUGCUUUGAUUAAAAUAACUUAGUUUGGUAAUGACUUACAUUUUUGAUCUAUGGAUGUUUAUUUACUGAAAGUCCAUGUAACAUGCUAUUGUGAGCUUAAAGUUAUACUUUACACAGGGAUUUUGCUCUGGUUCUCAAAUUAAAACAAAGCGUAGUUAAUAGUUUUUCUUCACAUUUUUGUACCUAUUCAUAUUUUUGUGAAUUUUUGAUUCUUUGCACCAAUUCCAUGACAUUUAUGUAUAAAAUGUACCGUAUAUACGUAAUGUUUA